AUGAGGCUGCAAUUACCUGAAACUCGGUCGAAUACACUUCAGGGUCGCGUCCAGGUGGGGACCUGUCGAGGCAGAUUUGAUUUGGAGCGCCUUACCGACUUGAACGGGUACAGACUACCAGCAGCUGUCUACGAGAGCCCGCUGUACGGCAUUGUGAAGAGGUCUUCGGAGAACGGCGAGGUAGGAUUCUCGGGGAGAGCUGGUCUCCUCAUGAAGGAGCUCGUCCGACACAUGAACGUCACUCCGGUUUAUGUGACGCCCGAACACGGCUUCACGACUGGUUACAGGAUGGACAACGGAACCCUGGUGGGCACCUUGGCCCUGUUCGCCUCAGGGAGAGUGGAGAUCUUGCUGAACACGUGGCUCAUGAUGGGCAGCAAGACGGACAUCUUCACGUACAUCCCGUGGCCAAUCACGCAGGAUUCUCUUUGCGCCUACGUGCCGCUGCCCGGUGCCAUCCCACCAUGGUUCUCCUUGCUUCUCGGUCUGAGCUUCAAGUCCGAGAUGUACUGCUUGGUGGUUUACUUCACGUUCGUCAUUCUGUGGUUGCUCUGGGGCAACAACCAGAAAGAACAGAGCAUAGUCUCCACUAAUGCCAGCAUUCCCUUGUUUUACAAGGACAUCCGUACUUUAGAAGAACUCUACAUAUCGGGGCUGCAUAUUUUCAGUAGCUAUCAUAGUCAUAUUAAAAUCUUCAACAGUGAAAACCCCGUCAUUAAGCGUCUGUCGACAAGGUUUAACGUAUCCGAACAAAAUGAAGAUGAACUGUUACCUCGAGUGGCGCACAAAAAAGACAUCGCCUACAUAUACGAAGCGAGUCGAAUGAUGGAGAUCGUUCGCAACUAUUCGGAUUCGUCUGGGAUGAAUCGCAUAAAAAUGGUUCCAGAAUGUUUCCAGACGUACCUAGUGACGUUCAUCGCUAGACCGAACACACCUUUCUUGCCAAGAUUCAAAAGGAUCGUCGGCGGCAUGGUGGAGGCGGGGCUGUUCGCCGCGGACCGCGCGACGCGCCCCAGGCCCCAGGACGUCUCGCUCGCCGAGGCCUCCCCGGGCCUCAGCGACCUCACCUUCUCGUUCCUGGUGCUGGGCCUCGGCGUGUGCUCCAGCCUCGCGGCGCUCGCCCUGGAGUCCCGGCGGCCCUGCAGUCGCCUCCUCCGGGGCCGCCGUCCGAGGUCCUCGGGCGGAGCACGGGAACUCCUUCAGGGCCGCCGUGGAUCACCCUCAAGUCCCUAA